AUGGCUGCGGUCUCUGCACCGCAUGCCCCCAAUUCCUUUACACCUCUCGCAAGCCCCAAUGAUGGCCAGGACUCGUGGGACUAUUCUGUGCCCGGACAGAUAGAGAAUCCCCCACAUCCGACAACGAAUGACCCCAAUAAACCGCCCUUGUCGCAUACGAACGGACACGCAAAUAGCCUCCUUGCGCCGGCCCGCAUAAAUGCUCUGGGUCGAAAGGAUAGCAGUAUUAGCGACACAGGCAGCGCGCCGGACAGCUUACUAGAUCUUUAUGGGCCGAAUAGGAGCGGGAUAAGCAGCAUAGACUAUGGGGAGCGGAAAGCCGGGGAACCUCACGACCUUGAUGAGGAUCCCGAUCGUUCGAGGUGGAUCCACAGAGACAAGCUUGCACGAAUCGAGAACGAGGAGCUACAAGCUGCGGGGAUUAUUCUUCCACGGGUGCGGGCAGCCAGCAAGUCAAGCCGCCGCGAGCACAGUCGGGAUCAACACAGCAACGGUUUUAGAAGCGAACAGGGUGAUCAAAAGCGACAGCGGACGGGAACGAUUGCCUCGUUAGAGCAGGAAAUUCCGGAGUCAAAUGAUUGGGACUUCCGCCUGCCAGAAGAGGUAGCCCAGGACUUUAAUGGAUACCGCGAUGUCAGCGGGGGGGUGAAGGGCGUUUCGAGGAUACCUGUUCUGAAGUCUAGUCCUCUUCCAAUACCUGUGGAGCAUCUGGAACGUGACACCCCGCUAAGAAGGAGACUAAGCAGCGGAUUGAUGGUAGAAGACGAUGCAAUAUCAAAUCCCAAAUCUCGCGGUCGAAGUCACAGUGUCAAGGCAUUUGACGAUGUUACAGAAGAUGUCACUGCAACCCCCACCCCUGCUAAACGUUUGGCAUCCGACAGCUCCCCUACAAAAAAGGCUGCCCCUCAGAAAGGCUCAGUGGCAUCAAGGGCAGCCUCAGCAGGCCAGAGACCCAAGACCAGAUCAGGGCCAAGCCGGGAUGCAUCCGCAGGCCAACGACCACCGACUCGUUCCGGGGAUUUGUCACAGAAGCGACCGGAAGGCGAUCCACCAUGGCUCGCAUCGAUGUACAAACCGGACCCUAGACUCCCACCAGACGAACAAAUGCUCCCAACCGUUGCCAAGCGAUUAAAGCAGGAACAGUGGGAAAAGGAGGGCAAGUUCGGAAAUACUUAUGAUACUUCGUUCCGGCCACUUAAUGAUGAAGAGUUCCCCCAACCAGAAAUCAUAACCCAAACAAUUGUGGUGGAACCGAAACCGGAAGAGAAAUCGACAGAUUGGCCAUUAAAAAGCCCAACGCUGAGUACAGGAAGACCCGGAACAGCUGGGCGGACAGAGAGCUACUCGACAAUGCCGAAGCUCACGGAAAAGCCACCUCAGAGUCCGAGACCACCGCCCAUGAAAAUGCAGGAACCACCUGAAGAUGCGACGAAGAAAGGGGGUUGUGGAUGUUGUCUCGUCAUGUAA